AUGAGGUUACUAGUCAGCUGUGUGGAUAGUGGAUCCAUAAAGGAAGUUUUGUGUAACAUCGGGACUGACACUUCCGUACAAUCAGCACUGCAGCCUUUUCAUGUGGCACCUCAUCUAGCCGAAGGAUUGAAAGCUUACGUUGACAGGAUGUGGGUGAUAUCCGAAGAUGAAGCCAUCUUAGCAAGGAAUUCAGGGGUCGUCGAACUUGUAAAGAUUUCGAAACACCUUAAAGAAAAUGAAGCUCUCCAGGUCGAUCCCAAAGGAGAAAGCAAAAAUGAAAAGAGCCUUUCCGAUGAUCUACCCAAAUUUGACAUAUCCGAGUUUGAGAUAACCAGCUCAGUUUCAGACCUUUUUGAUGAUGCCAAAUUGGAAUCACUUUCAAGUAAAUCUGUUAAAAGAACCAAGUUGGUGGAUGGUUUUGUCACAUUAUGUCCCAUAAAAAAGGAUUCGUCGAAUAACACAUUCGUAGCUGCUACCAAAUCGGGAUUAUUACAUAUUAUAAAAAAAGGAGAAGAUAAAAAGUUAAUAAAACUAGCAUCCCUUGGACUGAAAGCACCAGUAGAAUUUCUUCAGUUAUAUGAUCUAGAAGAUACCGAUACUGAUAAAUAUAUAUUUGCAUACGGAGGGGAGGAGAAUUUAAUAAAAUUAGUGGAAAUAGAUUCGAGUUUCCAAUCUUUAAAGCAAAUUUGGGAAGCCAAGAAUGUUAAAAACGACAGGUUGGAUAUGAGAGUCCCAGUAUGGCCCAUGGCCCUAAGAUUUUUGGAGCCCUCCCCUGGUAAAACUGAAAAGGGUAAGCUGAACUACCAGUUUGCAGCCAUAACCCGUUGGUCCCACCUCACCAAAUACAGCACACAACAUGGCAGAAAACCGUUCGCUCAGAUAGAUUUAUUACCUAACCGUGAACCAUUAUCUCAGAUGGAAGUUUUUGAUGCCAAGGGAGAAAAUGUUGUCUCUUCGUUGGGGAAUUUUCAAUCUGAAACCUUUAAUGAACUGAAUGUGAUUACUACUGACUACAAAAAGAAUGUUUUUAAAUUCGAUGGUAAUGGAAGAAUGUUGGGCAAGGUGGGUAGAGAUGAUAUCACUGGUUCGUCAACCUAUAUUCAUGUACAUGACGGCAAAUAUCUUUUACAAGGUGGUUUAGAUAGGUAUGUUCGGAUCUUCGAUAUAAAAACUAACAAAAUGCUGGUGAAGGUUUAUGUUGGGUCCCGUAUAAAUUUUAUUGUUAUGCUGGAUGACGUUGAAAUCGAGAUGCCACUAAGUCCAAGUGCGAAAGCUGCCAAAGGGAAGCAAAAAAGGAAGGUUACAGAACUUGAAGAAGACGCAGAUGAGCUUUGGAAUAAAUUGGAGGGAAAGGUAGCUGCUUCUAAAGCCAGUAAGAAAAGCAAAAUUUAA